AUGGGAAACAAGAUGGGUGUUUCGCUGUCCUCCUACCGUAGAGAAUACAAGAAAAAAACAGAAAUAUUGGGAUUAAAGGGGGUUUCCGAGCUUGCUGACAACAAAUAUGUUGCUGAUGAUGUAUUCUUGACACCUAGGGCAUAUAACAGUGACACUGAAGAUGAAGAAAACAAAUAUGAUGAUGGGGAAUUUCACAAGGUUGGAGAGUGUUCUGAUUCUGGAACCGAUAGUCCAGACUUUGUUUGCGAAAUCUGCAUAGAGCGAAGGGACUUGUAUGACUCAUUCAGUCUCAAAGGUUGCGCACACUUUUAUUGUAUUGAAUGCAUCAUCAGAUAUGUAGCUUCCAUACUUGAUGACAAUCGUGCAGUAAUUUCGUGUCCAGCGUCAGAUUGCCCAGGAGUUUUAGAGCCUGAAUACUGCCGCGUGAUCCUACCAAAAGAGGUGUUUGAUAGGUGGGGUAUUGCUCUAUGUGAGUCCGUGAUUGAUGUUUCCAAGAAAUUGUACUGUCCUUAUAUGGAUUGCUCAGCCUUGCUGGUAAAUGAUACAGGAGGGGAGAUUGAGCGAUCUUAUUGUCCUUUCUGCAAAAGAGCUUUUUGUGUCAGGUGUAUGGUUCCUUGGCAUUCAGAUAUUAGCUGCAGAAAGUUUCAGAAAUUGAAGAAGAAAGGUGAAGAUGUUAUGUUGAAGGAGCUUGCCAAGAGGAAAAAGUGGAGGAGGUGUCCAAAGUGCAAGUACUAUGUUGAAAAAUCAAUGGGUUGCUUUCGUAUGAAGUGCAGGUAUGUUUUGUCUUCUGUUUCUCCUUCACUACUGAAAAUGGUCUCGAAAAUUCUUGAUGUGGACAUUCUUUCUGUUACAAUUGCGGUGCUUCUGCAAGUACUACUUCCCAUGUUUGCUCUAGGUGUAAGCGUUGAGCUUUUGCAGAAUAUGCCCAUUGCAAAUCCACAGUCCAAACUCCAUUCGAUGGUGGAGUUCAUCUAA